GUAGUGCAAAUCAAAACCGGUCAGCCAAGUCCCGUCAACUCGGACGCAUCACAUUUAUCACAUUAAAUUCGCAUUACUCAGUGUCAUCCCCUUUAAAAGCAUAAAUUGUAUAUCGAAUCGCCGUCGACGCAUAUAGAUUUUCCCGGCGAAACACGCGACACCACUGCGACGAGAUAGACCCCGAUAGUCGUCUCGGGAAAAUUCUCGCACAGCGCAGCUAUGUCACUAAAAACAAGGCGACGAAAAGGUCCGACGUUCCAAGUUAAAUCGAUCGAUUGAAUCAUCUAACUCGAGCACCAGAGCUUGGGGUAUGGAGGAGGAUCGAGUAUCGACAGACGCUCCGAGACAGCGAGGCAUUCAGAUACUGGACAUCAGCAAUCAUCUGCACACGCUGAUCAGGGUCGGAUACGAGGCUCCGAUCAGCGAGUCCGCUUCGAGCAAGGGUCGCGUGCAGAAGAGGGCCAAGUCGAAACUCCGGGUGAUUUCUGGGAAGAAAUCGAUCAUGAACGAGGAAACAAGCUGGAGGCAUUGGCGUUCGAAGAUGAACGGCAAUGAUUUUCACGAGAAUCGUCAUCAGGAGGAGGACAACGUUGUAGAAUACGGUAAUGGGACGGCGGCUCGAAGACGAGUCACCGUUGGAUUUUCCUACGGAGAGAUGGAGGUUCCGAGUGACGGUGUUGUGAAGAGUCGACAUUCAAAGCAUUCGUUAUCCAACCUCAACGUCGUCAGUUACAACGGCGUGACGAUGUCGCAUCAGCAGACGCCUUCGAUGAACAACGAGAUGAUGCACAAACGGAAAUUCCUCGAAGAAAACUACCUGAAGUCAGACGUCAGAGGCACAUUCAAGGACUACUGCGACCACUGCACGAUUCACGGUCUGAAGUACGUCGGGGACACGUCCCUCACGAAUUUCGAAAGAGCCUUCUGGAUCCUCUCAUUCGUGCUGGCGAUAUUCGGCGCGGCCUACUUCAUCUGGCUGCUCUACGCCAAGUUCAUGCUUUCGCCGAUCAUAAUAUCGCGAAGCUCCGAGUCGGUGUCGCUGCAGGACUUUCCCUUCCCGGCCGUCACCGUCUGCAACAUGAACAACGCCAGGAAGUCAUACGCGAAAAAAGUCGUCAACGGGAACAACACUUUAGAGAAAGUUUUCCUGGAGGACAUAUGUGACUUUAAGACGACGAGCAAUGUGCAGAGCGAAAUUAGCGACGAGGCCGGCGAGUGGGACAACGUCUACCAAUUUUUACUCAACGUCUCGCAAAAUUGCUCGCAGAUGCUGUACUACUGCGAGUGGCACGGCAACGAGACCAACUGUACGGACAUCUUCAAUCCUGUUCUCACCGACGAGGGCCUCUGCUGUAAUUUCAACGCUGUCAAGAGGAUACUCUAUCAUCCCCGAACGUGGAAGAACCUGGACAUCACCUACGCCUCUGAUACGCACCUCGACUGGAACCCAGAGUACACAUUCACAAACGAAUCGGCGAACGCGAUUCCCUGGCGAGCUUUCAGCAGCGGAUCGAAUUACGGACUGACUCUCGCCCUCGACGUCGACGCGGAUGAGUACUACUGUUCGUCGACCGCCAGUGUUGGAUUCAAGAUGCUACUGCACAGUCCCGUGGAGACUCCUCAGAUAGCAGACUUCGCGUUCACUCUGUCACCGGGGAAAGAAACUCGGGUCAUCAUAACACCCCAUAUCACAGAUGCCCAAACGUCAAUCAUGAAGAUAUCACCAAAGAUUCGACGCUGCUACUUUCUUAAGGAAAGGAAGUUGCGUUUUUACAGGACCUACACCCAACGCAACUGUCUCCAGGAGUGUGAGGCUAACUUUACUCUCCAACACUGUAACUGCAUGAAGUACUAUAUGCCAGUAUCAAAUGAUACAAGAAUAUGUGGAAAAUCUGAUGAUGGUUGCGCACUUGAAGCCAGAACUUUCAUGAAAAAAAAGCUUUACGAAGAUGAAGACCCUCUUGCUACCUCAUUUAAUGUUACAAAAGUGCCUAACUGUCGAUGCUAUCCUGGUUGCUUUGAAAUCAACUAUAGCACAGAGAUUUCUCAGAGUAUGCUGAUGGCAACGUUUGACAUACCAGUAGAAUACUUUAAAAACAAUGCGGAAUAUUUUGAGAAAAAUAUUGCCUUGGUCCAUAUCUUUUUCAUCGACGAUUCCUACAUGAAAUAUUCCAAGAACCAGCUCUAUGGUUUUGCUGAGCUGCUGUCUAAUACCGGAGGUCUCUUAGGCCUCUUUAUGGGUUUUAGUUUACUAUCAGUGAUCGAAAUAGUUUAUUAUUUCUUUAUAAGGAUAUGGUGGCGCAUCUGGAGAAAGAAAACAAAUAAAAAUGAGAAAAGCAGACAUGCUGUUAGGCCCUUUGCAAGGACAAACGAUGCUGUAUAUCCCUUUGCGCAGUAAUGGGUUCAUCAUUGUCACAUACCUGUCACCUGUUUCCAAUCACAACAACAGCAUUCAACGCCUUGUUGUCAUUAAUUUUGUACACUUCAACUCAUUUUUUACUCGUAAAAUUAGGUUAUAAUUUUUGUACAGAACAUAUUUUUUAUGCAAAUCGUGAUUCAAGAAAAAUAAAAGACUUAUGGAACUUUCUCUACUCA